CGUACUUUUUUCCCUCGCUCUGGGGGAUGGGAGGCGAUCAAUGCUCGAACUCGUGAAAUAUUUAGAGGCAAUUAUCAAGAAACUGAUGAUUAUCGCGUGCGUGGUGUUUAUUAAUUGGAGCAAACCUUUUCGCGGAUCAGUGCCACAAAGUGGCGGAGCAAUGUUAAGCAAACUUUGCAAAUAAUCUUCUUGGAUCAUUUGCAUAAUUUUUCAAAAACAAGUCAUUUCAGCGGGAGAGUAGUUGCAUGCAGCAGACACUAGGAGUGGAUAAGAAUAAAGCAAAGUCUCAACAUGGUGACGGAAAUUCUGAUAUUCGUUGCACUUUUGCUUUUCUGCCGGUUCUUGAUUAUUAGUCUCCGCGGUGGCGGGCGCACCGGGCGCGCGUGGAACCCACCGCCGUGUCCGCCUGGCGUGCCGCUCCUGGGGAACCUGGCCGUUUUCCUCGGUACCCAACCGCUCUAUGUCGCGCUGCGACGACUCGGCCGGAAACACGGGGAUGUGUUUGGCCUCAGGAUGUGCGGCAAGGACUUCGUGGUCCUGGGCAGCUCCGGGGCCAUUCGAGAGGCCUUCGUCAAGCGGUCGGUGGACUUUGCAGGCCGGCCCUAUAUGUUUUCAAUCAGUUUGCUGACGAGGAAGAAUUGCGGAAUUGCUUUCUCGGACUACGGACCGGCAUGGAGGGGACAUAGGAAGGACGCUGCGUCUGCAUUACGCUUGAGUCUUAAGGCAGGUUCCGUUGAAAGUGACGGACAUCCCGGCCGUUCAAUCGCAGAGAAGACAAUCUCGCAGGAAGUUUCCCAUCUCGUCUCCAAGAUGGCGGUCUCCGAUGGUUGUCCCAUAAAUCCAAGCGAUAUGUUGACGGUCGCCCUCAUCAAUACCGUCUGCAGCCUGACGUUCGGCUGCCGCUACGGCCCAAGCGACGCCGAAAUGAAAGCCUUCGUCUCAGCAAAUCACAAGCUGAAGGAGUUGUUCAAACCAGGGCAUCCAUUGGAUCUGUUUCCUUUUUUGAAGAUGUUCCCGUCAAAGCGCAUGCGCACAAUUCAGGAAAUCAUCGCAUCACGUGACUCCAUCCUUCAAGCACAGUACCAAGACCACGUGGCUACCUUUCGACCUGACAACAUCCGGGACAUCACUGACGCCUUUCUCAAGUCCAUGCAAGACGCUGGCGGGAACGAUGACGCAAGUGAUGACGUCACGAUGACGGAGGACCAAGUGGUGAUGUCAAUGUGGGAGAUAUUUGCGGGCGGUUUUGAGUCAACCUUUCAGACCCUUAGAUGGGCGCUGGCGUAUUUGCUGCAUUAUCCAGAGGUACAGAAACGAUUACAGGAUGAGAUCGACAACAACGUUCCUGUUGGCUUGCCGACAUGGAGAGACCGCUCAAGGCUUCCGUACCUGGAAGCAACGGUACUCGAGACGCUACGUCACAGCUCAUUCUCGUCGCUGAAUGGUCCGCAUGUAACCACGUGUGACACAAAAAUUGGUGACUACGAUAUUGCACAGGGCACAACAGUCCUAUGUAACCUGUGGUGGGUGCAUCAUGAUCCGGAAAACUGGAAAGAUCCUGACAACUUCCGACCAGAACAUUUCUUGGACGAGGCAGGCAAAGUAUUUACCCCAAAACACUUCUUGCCGUUCUCAGUCGGGCCUCGAUUCUGUCUGGGCAAGCAGCUGGCUACCAUGGGGCUCUUCCUGUACCUGGGGGGCAUUCUGAAACACUUCACUCUCGCCUGUACUCCGGGAAAGAAACCGCCAUCAUUGGAACCCGAAAGUUCGGAACCUAUCCGGACGAUUGGGGAAUACGAGAUUAUAUUAACGAAGCGUGAAUCACGUGACCCUGUCUGCCUUCCAGCUUGAAUGAGCAGUGUUUGAUAUAGCCCAAACAUCUGCACUCCGGAAAAUCAUUUUCCUUUGUCCGUGACAGCUGAAAAUGAAACUUAAUGACGUGGCCCAACAUUUGGCAAAGACAAAUGUUUACAGAAAGAAUAAUUUAUAAGCAAAUCCACUUUUUUUGUUCGUGAUAAGAAAAAAAAAAAAUCAGUAUUAUUAAUUUUGUACAAUUAAGGAAAUGUUUUUAACUAAUUUGACAAGGGAGUGCAAAGCUGUUUCUUUGUGCAUUUUUUCCCCGUAAUUUAGCUGCGAUCCAAAGUCUUUAGAAUCUUUUGAAGUUUGUUAUUUCUUGACUAUAGAUGAAUCAGAUUUAGUUAUAUUCCAAAAUAAUAAUUAAUAUUAUAAGUGACUUCUUUCAGGACAUAGAAUUUUUAUUUAUUAACUGAUAAAAGUUGCUAAUUUAUUCCUUUUCUUCAGGAUUUCUAACUACAUGAUAAGCAAAAAUCGGCGGAAAAGAAACCCAGCCUGACUUUUCUCAAUUAAAUCAAUUAAAAGGAGAUACCUUUAUCUACUUACCAUGAUAUGCAUCCCACCCACUGACAUCCACUUAAAAAUUAUUCCUGACACUGUGUGAAUUGAUUCGU